AAUGUUUUUGGGGUUUAGAAUAUUUAGAGCAUUUUGUUCCAAAGCCUAAUAUAAUAUUCCUAUUUUUACAUCAAGUAGAGGUCCAUAAGCUAAUAAACAUAUUGAUGAUGUACUUUUAGAUCAGAUGGUCAAAGGUUUUAAGAAAGCAUAUACAGACAAAUUUUUAUUAGACUUUAAAAAAGUUAUCAUCAUUAAAAUAUUUUUAGGUGGUCUUACCUGCUAAGAGAGUUAGAUCAUUAGAUGAUCAUGUGAUAGGUCUAUGGAAAAAACAUGAAGUGGCAGUUGUGAUUGAAGGAAGAGAUGAAUUUGAGGAUAUUGAUAUAGUUUUAGAUUACUAUUAAGUGGCAGCAGUUAAGAGAAGGAUUUGUGCAAAUGUUGCUCCAAUUUAUAUCAGAGUACCUGGACAUGAUGGUGAUAUUCGUUGUACUUUGGGUGAAAUCAUUAAAGAUCCUAGUAACAAUGAUAAGUUUAAUUGAUAGAAAGUGGUUGGCCUUUCAAAGUAACUUUGAGAAGAUACAUAGUAGGCAGACCAAAUUUAUUGUACAUACCAAUUGCUAUAUUGCCCAAUAACUCAAAUCCAGCAUUAGUUAGGGGAACUGAUUAUGAUGUACAUAUUGAAGGAGUUUGGAUAAAUUCAUAUAAUGCUACUUAUCCUACAAAAUUCUUUGUUGAUGCUAAGAAUAUUAAAACAUAUAGACCAUAUAAAUUAGGAGAUUUAUAAAAUACUUUCCCAUAAGGUAUAUUAUUGCAUGAAAGAUACAAAAAACUAAUCCAUUGGAAUGUUGUAACUUUGGCUAGAGAUGAAGAUGAUGUAAGAAUAUCAUUAUUAUCUUAAUUAGAAAUUCUUUGAAGAAGCUGAAUUCUAAAGAUCAAAGAAAGAUGAUGAUUUAUUGAUCUAUAGAAAACCAGAUGAUGAAGGUGAGGAAACAUUAGAAGGAGAAAUGUUAUAUUAAAAGAAAACAGUAACAGUAGAGAAGAAAUAAAAAAAGAGAAAGGAAAAGUCUCUUAAAAAGAAAGUUAAACAAGCAAAUCAAGAAUUAUAAAAAGAGGUAGCUGCUGCAAAAGAAGCAAAAGAAGCAGCUGCAAAAGAAGCUGCUGGUAAAAAAUGAU